CCACCACCCCCCUCGCCAUCACCACUGCCCACCUCCUCUCCCGUGGGUGGCGUCCUCGCGCGCCCAUGGCGAUCUCGCGCAUCCACCCCCUCUUCCUCCUGCUCCUGCUCCUGCUCCUGCUCCGCGCCUUCGCGUUGCUUCCCACGCAGGCUGCUGCUAGAGGCGGCCACGAUCUGUCAGAUGAUGGAGAUCAUGGGUCAGUUUCACGUAACCUGCUUCAAGAUAAGCCUCAUAUCACGGAAGAAAUGACUCGUGGAUAUAUGAGCAAUGCUGAGCUUGAGACUGCUGUACAUGCCUUUGGAAGUCGUUGUUCUAAUAUCUCCAGGGUAUACAGCAUCGGAAAGAGUGUGAAUGACUUUCCAUUGUUGGUGAUUGAAAUAUCAGACAAGCCCAGGCAAAGAGAAGCUGAACCAGCAUUCAAGUUCAUUGGAAAUGUUCAUGGUGAUGAGCCUGUUGGAAGAGAGGUUCUUAUGCAUCUUGCGAAUUGGCUGUGUGAUAACUAUCUAAAGGAUCCAUUGGCAACUCUCAUUGUGGAGAAUAUGCACCUUCAUAUACUUCCGACAAUGAACCCAGAUGGCUUUGCUCUUAGAUGGCGUGGUAAUGCAAACAAUAUUGAUCUCAACCGAGAUUUUCCUGACCAAUUCUUCUCCGUUAACAACGAUAUUAACUACAGACAACCUGAAACUAGAGCCAUUAUGAACUGGGUAAAGCAAGAACAUUUCACGGCUUCUGCUAGUUUUCAUGGGGGUGCUCUCGUUGCCAAUUAUCCAUGGGAUGGAACUAAAGAUACAGGAAAACGUUAUUAUGGAUGUCCUGAUGAUAAGACAUUCCGGCACAUGGCAUCAGUGUAUAGUCAGUCCCACUACAACAUGUCCUUGAGCAAAGAAUUUGAAGGAGGGAUAACAAAUGGAGCCUUAUGGUAUCCAAUAUAUGGUGGCAUGCAAGACUGGAAUUAUAUACAUGGAGGCUGCUUUGAGUUAACUCUGGAGAUUAGUGACACAAAGUGGCCAAAAGCAUCUGAGCUUUCUGUCAUCUGGGAACACAAUAGAAUGAGUAUGCUUAAUCUUCUUGCAAGCUUAAUAAAGUCAGGGGUUCAUGGAAGGAUAUUUGCAGCAGAUACUGGCAGACCUAUACCUGGCUCAGUGACGAUAAAGGGCAUUGAUUCCAAGGUAAGAGCAAGCAGGACUUUUGGAGAUUACCAUCGAAUUAUUGUGCCUGGUGAGAAAUAUGAAGUUAUGGCAUCCAUGGAAGGCUUCCGACCAAAAUCCACGCGCAUUGUGCUGGAGCAGGAAGCUGUCAACCUUGAUUUCAUCCUGGAGCCAGACGGAGCUGAUGGGCAGAUGAAGCUGCUCCGUAAUGACUAUGGUUGCCGCUGCGGCAGUGGCAUGAUGUUCCAUGUUGAAGAAGCUCACAUCUGGUUGUAUCUUCUUGUACUGUGUGUUGUCCUGACCCUCUAUUUGGUCUUCAAGAGGAAAACCGCAUCAAGGCUGCUGGCAUACAGAUACUCACCCAGACGGCCUGUUGCUGUAUAAGAGAAAUUUUACACCCUAGGACAGUUUUGUAACUUAUAUUAUUGGUUCUCACCCAAAUGGUCUGUUGUAUAAGCUGAAGGAUAUGUAAGUUUUGCAUCGAUGGAAAAUUUUGGAUCAUGCAAGAAUAUCACAAAUUGUAAGGCAUAUUAUGUGUC